GGGCAGGUUGAUGUUUUGCCCAGUCCUCUCUCUGACCCACUGACUCAGUCUGUGCUGUUUGUUAGUAUCAUGUGUCUGCAUUUCAAAAUACAGAGGACAUGUGCUCUGCCCUGUCAUUGCCCCCUUUUGCAAAGCUAGAUGUCACAUGGUGGGCUCCUUGUUUUGAAGGCAUGUGCCUGCGGUUGGCUCAGGUUUCUUGAUUUCCAUCAGAAAGAGGCUCCUCCUCGGCAAGGGGCUGGUGGCUGGUCUGGCACUUUCUGAACCGGCUGGGCAUUGUGUGGAACUGUGUUUGGAAAGGGCUCUCGCCUCACUGGGGGUGUUUAGCAGGGCAGGCAGGGAUCCAGCUCUCCCGGAGCAGUGGGUUUUGCAAAGCAUACGGCCCAUGAUACGUUGUCUCUGAGGCGAUGUGCGUGAGCAUCCCCCGGGGACCAGCGCAGCAGCCCUUGGAGGAUCGGAUCUUCACUCCGACCGUCUCGGCUGUGUACAGCACGUUUAUCUCCUCACAGGUUACACAAGUUGCAAGACAGCCAGGCCCUCCUGCCCCCUCCCCUUACUCUGCACAUGAAAUAAGCAAAGGGCACGCCACCCUUGCUGCAACGCCACCAGGGCAUGCAUCCUCUCCUGGCCUCACUCAGCAGCCAGGAGGGAGGAGGGACAGAAGCUUUCCACCCCACCCAAGAGCCAGCAGUCUUUUUGAAGAUCCAAGGGAACUGGUGCAAAGGAUUCUGGGAUGUGGGAUGGCCCCUUACCCUUCCGGACAGAACGCAGCACCGACCACGCUGGUCUAUCCGCAGGCCCCCCAGACGAUGAGCACGCAGCCGCAGACACGCUCUCCGCCUGGCAGAGCAGUGCCGAUACAUUGCACAGACCAGUGGAAGCGGAGGAAGGUUUUGGAGCAGAGUCCGGUUUACAGGUCCUUGGCGGGAAGAGGCUGGAUAAAAUACUGCAUUUUUGCCACGGGGCCUCGACCUGCCCAUCACCAGUUUUUCCAGAGGCCUCAGAUUCAGCCUCCCCGAGCGGCAAUCCAGAACAGCAGCCCUUCCAUCCGUCCUGGUGCACAAACGCCAACCGCGGUCUAUCAAACCAAUCAGCACAUCAUGAUGGUCAACCACCUCCCGAUGCCGUAUCCAAUGCCUCAGGGCCCCCAGUACUGUAUCCCACAGUAUCGUCACAGUGGCCCUCCUUACGUUGGCCCCCCGCAGCAGUAUCCUGUUCAGCCGCCUGGGCCGGGGCCGUUUUACCCAGGACCCGGGCCUGGAGAGUUCCCAAAUGCCUAUGGAGCACCUUUCUAUCCAAGUCAGCCGGUGUAUCAGUCAGCACCCAUCAUAGUGCCUACGCAGCAACAGCAGCCGCUCCCACCAGCCAAGCGUGAGAAGAAAACAAUCCGUAUCCGGGAUCCGAACCAAGGGGGCAAAGACAUCACGGAAGAAAUCAUGUCUGGGGGUGGGAGCAGGAACCCCACGCCGCCCACCGUCAGGCCCUCCUCGACGCCCACCCCUCCCCAGCAGCUGUCGAGCCAGGUCCCUGAACACAGCCCUGCGUUAUACGGGAGCGUGGAGAGCUCUCAUCUGGCCACCAGCACCGCCGUCGCUGCUGUGACUAGUGACCCGAAGCAGCAAGAAGAGAAGCCUAAAGCAGAUCCAGUAUUAAAAUCUCCUUCCCCUGCCCUCAGACCAGAGCCUAGUGCAGAGAGAAAGGAUCAAGCGGCCCUGACGGCGGAGACCCACGCCGCCUCCAUGGAGACCUCCUCAGAGCUUCCUCUCACAGCCUUGCCCUCCUCCUCCUCUUCCUCCUCCUCCGGCAGCGCUGCCCUGGCGCCUGCUCAGUUGACGCUUGCUACGGAGGCAGAGGACAGAUGUGAACUGGCCUCCCCAAAACAGGAGCCCCCACCUCUUCCCACGAGAUGCCCCCCCUGCCUCCCGACAGAUGAGGCCACCGCUGAUACAUGCAGGGAGUCCCCUCAGAAUGUCCCCAAUGACCUCCAAGUGACUGCUAGUACUUACCUAGUAAAUGAACUCAAUGGGGUUAGCGAAAGGGUAACUGUGAGUGAAAGCACUCUCGAUGUGGACCAGCAGGAGGCCGCCGUGCCCUCCUCGCCUGUGGAGCCGGAAAGCCCAGAGGCCUCUCCGGCCGAAGCGGAAGGCCCCCCAUCUUCAGCUCCCAACGACCUUUCCAGCGCUCCCUCACCGCCUCCGCCUCCGCCGCCUCCCAGCCCUCCUCUCCCUUCAGUGGUUGCCACCGCUGUUAUCACUCUUCCCAGUCCGCCUCCCCUGCCUCCUUCCCCUCCUUCCCCUCCUCUGCCGCUGCCUGUUGCCCUCCCUGCUCUUCAGGGGGAUUUGGAAGGAGAGGAGGCUGCAACAACUACCUUGAGGGAAGAGCCCCAAGAUAGUCUAGUGAACGAAGAGGCUGCGGAGGUGGACGGCCAGCCAGAGGAGCCCAGCGAGGAGCCUCAGGGCUUGGACUCAAAGAAGGCUCCGGAAGCAGCCCAGACAGCAAUUACUGCACCAAAGACAUGGAAGAAACCAAAAGAUCGGAGCCAGGCCGCUGAGGAGGAAGUGGAGGCUGAGCCCGAGCCUAAAGCAGAGGAGGAGCUUGGAGGCGAGAGGAUACUUGAACCCGAAGCAGAGGAGACGAGUCACGAGACUUGCCCCAGGAGAGACUCACCCACAGACCUUAAAAUAGCCAAGGCUGUGGAAGAGAACGGCGAACAGGAAGGGGAGCCCAUCCGGAACGGGGCUGAGAGCGUUUCGGAGGGCGAAGGGGGUGAAGGAAAUUCAGGCAGCACAGAGGGUCCCAGUGAUGCCCCUGCCAGCCAGCACAAGCCAGAAUCGUGGAAGCCCACCAACUCUGAAGGGAAAAAACAGUAUGACCGUGAGUUCCUGCUAGACUUCCAGUUCAUGCCAGCCUGCAUCCAGAAGCCAGCGGGGCUGCCCCCUAUAAGCGACGUGGUCCUGGACAAGAUCAAUCAGCCCAAACUGCCUCUCCGAACUUUGGACCCUCGGAUACUGGCGCGUGGUCCAGAUUUCACCCCUGCGUUUGCUGAUUUCGGAAGACAAAUCCCUGGUGGGCGAAGUGCAGCUGUCUGCAAAGUGCAGCCCCCGCCUGGACUGCCUUCUCUGGCUCGCUGUGGCCCCCCAGCCUGCCCUUUGCUGGUCUCGCCUCACCCCCAACUGAGGAACCUCCAGAUAGGGCUGUUGAACGUUGGGCCGCGGAGAUCUCAGCCCGGCCAGAGGCGAGAGCCCAGGAAGAUCAUCACAGUCUGCGUCAAGGAGGACGUCCACUUGAAAAAGUCUGAGAAUGCCUGGAAGCCCAGCCUAAAGCGGGAGACCCAGGCUGAGGACCCAGAGAGCAUUAAGACGCAGGAGCUGUUCCGGAAGGUCCGGAGCAUCUUAAAUAAGCUGACGCCCCAGAUGUUUAAUCAGCUGAUGAAGCAAGUGACGGAUCUGACCGUAGACACAGAAGAAAGGUUGAAAGGCGUCAUCGACCUGGUGUUUGAAAAAGCCAUUGACGAGCCCAGCUUCUCCGUGGCAUAUGCCAACAUGUGCAGAUGCCUAGUCACGCUGAAAGUGCCCAUGGCAGACAAACCUGGGAGUACAGUCAACUUCCGGAAGUUGUUACUGAACCGUUGCCAGAAAGAAUUUGAAAAGGACAAAGCUGAUGACGAUGUUUUUGAAAAGAAGCAGAAAGAACUGGAAGCUGCCACUACGCCGGAGGAGAGGACUCGGCUUCACGACGAACUGGAAGAGGCCAAGGACAAGGCCAGGCGGCGGUCGAUUGGGAACAUCAAGUUCAUUGGGGAGCUCUUCAAGCUGAAGAUGUUGACCGAGGCAAUCAUGCACGAUUGUGUGGUGAAGCUCUUGAAGAACCAUGACGAAGAGUCCCUGGAGUGCCUCUGCCGCCUGCUGACCACCAUCGGCAAAGACCUGGACUUCGAGAAGGCAAAGCCUCGAAUGGACCAGUAUUUCAAUCAAAUGGAAAAGAUAGUGAAAGAGAGAAAAACCUCUUCUAGAAUUCGGUUCAUGCUUCAGGAUGUAAUAGAUCUCAGGCAGUGUAACUGGAUUUCACGGAGGGCAGAUCAAGGCCCCAAGACGAUAGAGCAGAUUCACAAAGAGGCGAAAAUCGAAGAGCAGGAGGAGCAGCGGAAGGUCCAGCAACUGAUGACCAAAGAUAAGAGGAGGCCGCCGAGUAUCCAGCGGGUAGAGGAGGGUGGCUGGAACACAGUGCAGGGGGCGAAAAACAGUCGUGUGCUGGACCCCACCAAGUUCCUUAAAAUCACCAAGCCCACGAUGGAUGAGAAAAUCCAGCUUGUGCCUAAAGCCCAGUUGGGCAGCUGGGGAAAGGGCAGCAGCGGUGGAGCCAAGGCCAGUGAGAUUGAUUCCUUACGACCAAGUGCCACUAGUUUGAACCGAUUCUCUGCACUGCAGCCUCCUGUGUCAUCUGUAUCUGCCUCAGCCACAUCCUCCGAGUUGGACUCUCGCAGGGCCUUAUCCAGUCGAGGGAGCACAGGGAGGGAGAAGAACGACAAGCUGCUGCCCUCUUCCAUUUCCCGGCCCAACACCUUCUUGCGGGUCAGCGGUAGCAAAGAGCAGCUCCUGGACAACCAAGCGCAAGAGGAGCAGCGGAGGGAGAUGCUGGAGACUGUCAAGCAGUUGACAGGCGCCCUGGAGAGCGACCGGAACAGUGCCGAGGCCGAGAGAAAUAAAGCCAAGGAAACGGCCAAGCCCGAAAUUCCCACAUCCCCCUCCCAAGGAAAGCCUGCAUUGUCAGAAGAGGAAAUAGAGAGAAAGUGCAAAUCUAUCGUUGAUGAAUUCCUGCACAUUAAUGAUUAUAAGGAAGCAGUGCAGUGUGUGGAGGAGCUCAGUGUGCCAGGCAUGCUGCCUGUGUUUGUGCAAGUUGGCGUGGAAUCCACCCUGGAGAGGAGCCAGAUCACCAGGGAUCACAUGGGCCAGUUGCUGUAUCAGUUGGUGCAGUGUGAGAAGCUGAGCAAGCAGGACUUCUUCAAGGGGUUUGCGGAUACCUUGGAGAUGGCGGAUGAUAUGGCUAUCGAUAUCCCCCACAUUUGGCUGUAUCUAGCUGAAUUGGUGACGCCAAUGUUAAAAGAAGGAGGAAUCUCUAUGAGAGAACUUCUGACAGAAUUUAGCAAACCCUUACUUCCUGUGGGAAGAGCUGGCAUCUUGCUUUCUGAAAUAUUGCACCUUCUAUGCAAACAAAUGAGCCAUAAGAAAGUGGCAGCCUUAUGGAGGGAGGCUGGCCUCAGUUGGAAAGACUUCUUACCCGAAGAGGAGGAUGUCCACACCUUUCUCACGGAGCAGAAGUUGGACUUCACAGAGACUGACAGUUCCAGUUCCUCAGAAGCACUUUCAAAGAAAGAACUCUCUGCUGAAGAGCUGAACAGACAGUUGGAGAAACUCAUUGUGGAGGACAAAGCAAACGACGAGCAGAUCUUUGACUGGGUAGAGGCUAAUCUAGAUGAAAGCCAGAUGAGUUCACCUACAUUCCUUAGAGCUUUAAUGACAGCAGUUUGUAAAGCAGCUAUUAUAGAGGAUAGUUCUAGCUUGCGAGUGGACACUGCUGUCAUCAAGCAGAGAGUGCCGAUCUUACUUAAGUAUCUAGACUCGGACACAGAGAAGGAACUACAAGCACUUUACGCACUACAAGCAUCAAUAGUAAAACUUGAUCAGCCUCCAAAUUUGUUACGGAUGUUUUUCGAUUGCCUGUACGACGAGGAGGUGAUAUCGGAGGAUGCCUUCUACAAAUGGGAGAUCAGCAAAGACCCUGCGGAGCAGAACGGGAAAGGCGUAGCACUGAAGUCGGUCACGGCGUUCUUCACGUGGCUCCGAGAAGCCGAAGAGGAGUCGGAGGACAACUAAAACUGAAUGCAGACCAUUAAAACUGAACAAACAGACCCUCCCCUCAAAAGAAAAAAGAAUAAAAAUCCCAAUUUAAGUAUUUUUGUAAGAACCCGUUUCACGUCUCGGCCAAUCACAGUGCAGCAAGGCCAAUUCUCGCGCGCCCAAGCCCCCUCCCCCUUGUGCACGAAUGGGAGCGGGCCAACGGGAAAGAGAGAGGAACGAGGGAAGGAAGGAAGGAAGGAGUGCAGGGCGAUCAUGGAGGACAAGAGGAGAGGAACGUGAGGUCCGCUUCCACUUCAGAGCGGAGGGCAGGAGCACGACACCGAAACACAUCUCUUAUUUAUAGGGGAAAGAAGUCAUCAUCAUCAUAAUCCCUUUCUUUUUCAGUUUCAGUCUUUUCCUUUUUCAACAAGGACUCAUACUUUGGAAAGAAGCAAAUCCGUUCAGACACACAGAGAAAAGCCAGAACCUUUAAUUUAUUAUUUCGAGAACUGCAAAUGCCAGUGUCAUUUUUUUUAAAGUUGCAGUUUCUGUCUCAAAUUGUAUAAUAGGCAAAAGCAAAAAGGCAGAGGAAUUAAUGUCCCUCCCUUUCAGACCCAGCUCAGUUUUGUUUCAAAGCACAGCCCGCUGUGUCAUAAAUGCGCCAGAGAGACCAGGCAGACGGACGCCUUUGGGUUUUGUAGAGGAGAAAAUGGCCACUGGAUCUUUCCCGCCCGCCUCCAACAUUGAAAACGAGCGACAGAAGUGGAAGCGAAGGAACCGCGUUCGAGAAGACGGCUGCGGACCAGACUGCUUGGGAAAGGAUGAACUCGCACAACGCCAAACAGUGCUACCCUGGAAGCAGAAGAAGAAGAAAGCAAGGAAGGAAGAGAAGAGCAAAGUACUAGCGAUACUUUCAGAACCUUUAGAGCAACUUUAAAGCUUGUAAAUACAUAGAACAAAUAUUUAAAAGAAGAAGAAGAAGAAGAAGAAGGAAGAAAUUGACUCGAUACUAUUUCUUUUCACUUUCAAAAUAUAAAGAACAAAAUAAAGACAAACCUUGCAAGUUUAAAA